CUUUAAGUCAAAUCUCCACAUCUGACUCCUUUUCUGACUUUCCUCCUCUAAAAGAGAAACCUCCUUACACUUCAUCAAUCAAUUGAACUUUUGUUCUUCUCCUAAGUAACUCUACACAUUCAAAAUGGUCAAGGCUGUCGCUGUUCUCCGAGGUGACUCCAAGGUUGGCGGUACUGUCACCUUCGAGCAGACUUCCGAGUCCAACCCUACCACCGUCUCAUGGAACAUUACUGGCCACGAUGCCAACGCUGAGCGUGGCAUGCACGUCCACCAGUUCGGUGACAACUCCAACGGCUGCACCUCUGCUGGUCCUCACUUCAACCCUUACUCCAAGACCCACGGCGCUCCUGCCGAUCAGGAACGUCACGUCGGCGACCUUGGUAACUUCAAGACCGACGGUCAGGGUAAUGCCGUCGGCUCAGUCCAGGACCGCCUUAUCAAGCUGAUCGGCCCUGACAGCGUCGUUGGCCGUACCAUUGUUGUCCACGCCGGCACCGAUGACCUCGGUAGGGGUGGCACUGAGGAGUCCAAGAAGACUGGCAACGCUGGUGCCCGUCCCGCUUGCGGUGUCAUCGGCAUUGCUGCUUAAAUGACUCUGUAAUCAAACGAAGAUACCGAUGUUACGAAACACGAAUUUAGUUGGAGCGUAACUUGGCUUGGAAAACCGUAGUUGGCGUCAAUAUUUUCCUAAUAGUGAAGUAGAUAAUUGAUAUCUAAAAAAUCACUUGGAAUACUCUCGGGA